AUGGUUGAGAAGUUAUACAUCAGCUACAACAACGUGCACAAGCUGUGUAAGGCUGGCGCAGAGAAGUUCUUGAAGGACGUUGGCAAGCCGGACGUGAUCAUCGCUAUUGGUGGUGGUGGCUUUAUUCCGGCCAGAAUCAUCAGAACGUUCUUGAGAAGUUCUGGCGAAAAGAACAUUCCGAUCCAGGCCAUCGGACUUUCGUUGUACGAGGACCUUGGAACAGGUAACGGCGACAAGAUCGGAAAAGAGGUGAUCAGAACCCAGUGGCUGGAUUUCGGUGCUCUUUCUCAGCACUUUGACUCACUCAUUGGAAAGAACAUUUUGAUUGUGGACGAGGUGGACGAUACCAGAACCACUCUUCACUACGCCGUGUCGGAGCUGUACAAGGACGUGCAAGAGAUUGCCGAGAAGCUGGGCCGCACCAACGAAAAGACCAAGUUCUCCAUCUUUGUUCUGCACAACAAGCUCAAGGAGAAAAGAGCAGAGAUCGACGAGCACAAGAUGGGCGGCGGAGAGUACAUUUCUGGAAAAGACGUUCCAGACCAGUGGAUCGCAUACCCAUGGGAGUCCGACGACAUCGACGACCAUACCAAGCAUGCUGUCGAGCAGGGUAAUAUAUAA